AUGAAGUUCAUGAAAAUUGGGUCGAAGCCAGAUUCGAUCAAAACCGAUGGGAACAAUGUCAGAUACGUUGAAAAUGAACUGGCUAGUGACAUUACUGUCAAUGUUGAAGGAUCAAGAUUUUGUUUGCAUAAGUUUCCUCUUCUUUCUAAGUGUGCCUGCCUGCAAAAGUUGCUCUCAAGCACGGACAAGACCAAUACCGACGAGGUUGAUAUCUCUGGUAUUCCCGGUGGUCCAACAGCAUUCGAGACGUGUGCUAAAUUCUGUUACGGUAUGACAGUAACUCUAAGUGCCUACAACGUUGUGGCCACAAGAUGUGCAGCUGAGUAUCUUGGAAUGCACGAGACGGUCGAGAAAGGAAACCUCAUCUACAAGAUUGAUGUGUUUCUAAACUCGAGUCUCUUCCGUAGCUGGAAAGACUCCAUCAUUGUUCUUCAGACCACCAAACCGUUCUUACCGCUCUCUGAGGAUCUCAAGUUGAUUAGUCUCUGCAUUGAUGCCAUAGCCAGUAAGGCCUGUGUCGAUGUUUCCCAUGUCGAGUGGUCUUAUACUUACAAUAGAAAGAAGCUAGGUGAAGAAAACAGCGGUGCAGAUCAAAUCAGGACUCGAGAAGUUCCAAAUGAUUGGUGGGUCGAGGAUUUGUGUGAACUAGAGAUCGAUUUUUACAAAAGGGUUAUAAUGAACAUCAAAACCAAAGGUAUACUUGGCGGAGAAGUGAUUGGAGAAGCUUUGAAAGCUUAUGGUUAUAGAAGAUUAUCAGGUUUCAACAAAGGCGUGAUGGAACAAGGAGAUUUGAUGAAGCAUAAGACAGUCAUCGAGACACUUGUUUGGUUGUUACCAGAUGAGAAAGACAGCGUCUCUUGCGGUUUCUUGCUUAAACUGUUGAAAGCAGUCAAUAUGUUGAAUUCUGGAGAGAUGGUGAAGGAACAGCUUAUAAAAAGAAUAGGACAACAACUCGAAGAGGCUUCUGUAGCCGAACUCUUGAUAAAAUCGCAUCAAGGAAACGAAACAUUGUACGAUGUGGACUUAGUGAAGAAGAUAGUUCUGGAAUUCAUGACAAGAGAUCAAAACAGUGAGAUAGAGAUUCAAGAUGAUGAAGACAAGUUUGAAGUUCAGGAGAUAAAGAAAUUUCCCGGAAUUUUAUCCGAAGCUUCAAAGCUGAUGGUGGCAAAACUGAUUGAUAGCUACCUUACUGAAAUUGCAAAGGAUCCGAAUCUUUCUGCAUCUAAAUUCAUCGAUCUUGCUGAGGUUGUUUCUAGCAUCUCAAGGCCUGCACAUGAUGGACUCUACCGUGCUAUUGACAUGUACCUUAAGGAACAUGCAGGAAUCACAAAGGGAGAGAAGAAAAAGAUGUGCAAGCUGAUGGAUUGUCGGAAAUUGUCGGUAGAAGCGUGUAUGCACGCAGUGCAAAACGACAGGCUUCCACUUCGUGUGGUGGUCCAAGUACUUUUCUUUGAACAAGUGAGAGCGGCGGCUUCGUCUGGAAGUAGCACACCUGAUUUGCCCAAAGGGAUGAUAAGGGAACUACGCAGCUGCGGGACAUAUGGGAGCUCAAGAUCAGUGCCAACGGUAAUGGAAGACGAAUGGGAUGCGGUUGCAACGGAAGAGGAGAUGAGAGCAUUGAAGAGCGAGAUAGCUGCGCUGAAACUGCAGGAAGAGAGUGGGAGGAAGAGCAUGGACAGAGCGACGGUCACGGCGUUGAGCAAAGUGAAAAGCUUGAUAAAGUCAAAGAAGAUAUUUGGUAAGAAGUUGCAGUUGCAUAGCAAAGGAGGAGAGAAGAGCAAUGGAGGUGGUGGUGGUGGGUCGGAUUCUUCUGAGAGUCUUGGUUCUAUGAACGCUGAUGAAGAAGCGGCCAAAACUGGGACGCCUUCGAGAAAUCUGACUAGGAGGGUUUCUGUUUCUUGA